CAGAUCGCAUGUAAACACAAACUGCGUGUGAAAAACCACUUGACGUUUGAAUUGUGUGUUUAAAUUGAUUACAUUUAAGCGAUUACUGGCGGCGAUUGGCCACCACGUGGUCACCCAUGAAGAUCAUGAGCGGCGAUCGCUGGAGUUCUGGUGAUCGGCCAUCGGAUCCGUGGCUCAGCGCCACCGGUGACGCCCAUUGUGUCCACUCGAGUGACACUGAGAUGCGAUUUAACGAUAAUUUUGUACCACAAUUGUCGCCAAUUGAUGACCAGAUGCCUCGCAAACCAUUACCAGACUCUCAGCAAUACAUCCAAUCAUUAGUUGCCAUACGUGUUUGGACGUAUGAGAUGUUAGAGAAAAAGUUGGCAAAACUCAAGGGACAGACAUCGGCCGAGAUGUCGAGCAAAGAGAUGAUGAGCUCAUUGUCUGCCAAAAGGGACGCAAUUCUGGAACAAUUGCUUCACUCAACCAGCGAUUGCCGGAUGAGUGGCGACGAUGACAGCAGUGGUGGCGGUGGAGGUGUUGGGGGUAACCAGUCGUCGAUCGUUCAGUACGUCGAGCGCCGGCUGUUCCCGCAGAUGCAGGCGCUCACCGAUGAGGAGCUCCAGCGUCUCCUACAGUGCGAUGUACUCGAAAAGGUGGUCAACACUCGUGAUACCGACCCAUGAUUUUCGUUGUAUACAUGGAUUGAG